AUAUAUAUCAUCUUUGAAGCUACAGGGUUCUUCGACAUGUUCAAACGAUUUUUUGAAAAUAUUUUUCCUCAACGAUACGCAUAAUGAGCUAUUGCUUACUACAAUAUGCUCGACAACAAGACAAUUUUUUGUGGCUCAGAGUCCCAUAAAUACGAUAAGCCUGCGUUUCGAAACUGACAGUGAAUUGGUGGACAAGGGGUUUAACAUAUCGUACAGAACCAUGCCAACAACAUUAUGCCAUUCGUACUUGAAUGCCUACGACAACCCGUCUUAUGUGUACUCCCCUGGUUACCCAGAUUCUUAUGAAAGUAACCUCACCUGUAGCUGGAGUUUAUCAGCUACCGCAAACUAUAUGAGGAUCAGAGUCUUUGUUGAACUGGAAAACUAUCUCGAGAAUUGUACCUCCACCGAUGUUCUGGUUUUGACUGACGGUUCAUCUCCGGAUCAACAAAUUGCAAUAUGCACGGAUGGCGAUCCAGCAAAUAGUACGGCGUAUGAGUCUUUCAGCUCUUACGUUUGGAUUACCUUCCAUUCAUCCCCUAACGAAUCCGGACCUGCUUUCCGUGUCUCGUACCAACGGAUGCCUGGACCAACCACAACUACAGCCACAGCCACAACUAUAACCACAACUACAUCUACAACUACAUCUACAACUACAGCCACGACUAGAGGCACAGUUAGACCGAACCACUGUGAGGAUACAUACCUGAGUGCUACAGAAACCGAUCAGUAUAUAACAUCGCCAGGUUAUCCUGACCGAUACGUUCCACACCUGUAUUGUGUCUGGCACAUAACAGCGCCCCGAGGGAAGAUGAUCCAUGUGGAAGUCCUUGAUUCAGAACUGGAAUCCUCCACAUCAUGUCGCUAUGACAUCGUGAAAGCCUUCGACGGUACCACAAAUCAAAGUUCUCUUCUUGAAAACUGGUGUGAUGACAGAGCCCCCACAUUUCAAAGUACGGGAAAUGCCAUGUUAAUAAUCUUCAAAACUGAUGGAAGUAGAAAUGAAAAAGGUUUCCGUCUGAAAUAUUCAGUGACAGAAACACCCUACGCCUGUAGUACAAACGUCUCUGUGACGUCUUCGGGAACGAUGAUCUACUCACCAAUGUAUCCUGUUACUUACCCAAGGCACAGGAAUUGUUGGUGGUACUUAACAGCAGAUCAUUACGUCAACAUCAAACUAAGUGUUCUGGCGAACAGUUUCCAAUCAUCCGGUGACUGUUCUGUGGAUACUAUUUCCAUUAGUGACGAUGCCGGAGAAAUUAGUUCCCUUUGUGGAACUUACGACCAGCAUUCGUAAGUUCAGGGCGCAAUAUGA